AUGCAACAAAAAAGCACAUCGAAUUUGCCUCUUCACGUCAAUGCGACCAAAAAAAAUCCAACUCUUGGUGGAAAAAGGCUGUUGCGGUCAUCACAAUCCAGUUUGCAAAAUGCAUCUAAUAAUGGGGUACUAUGA